AUGCCUAGAAAGAACCGGAUCCCGGCCCCUGCGGUCCAGAAUCGCGAUAACCAGCGUCGCUCACGUGCGCGGCGUCGGCAACUAAUUGAGGAGCUUCAACACAAACUCCAGGACUACGAACGUCGGGGCGUUCAGGCCAGCAUUGGCAUGCAGCGGGUGGCUCAGGCUGUUGCAUGGGAGAAUAAACAUCUCCGUGGCCUACUCCAUCUCCGGGGGGUUUCGCAACAUGAUAUCGAUGCUCACCUCUCGCUGACGGGGUCUAUUGGCACUGAACCCAAUCCAUGCCAUCGAGAAUUUCUUCAGAGAGGCACUAGUCCACUUUCGCCUCGCGCACAACGAUGCAAUGCGAUGAAACAGCCGUCUACCGACAAGUCACGCACAAUCGCGACCUAUCCACAGGACAUGGACAAUAUUCCACGGCCUCUAAGUACGCCACCCUUCAACUCCCCGUCGUCUAUAACAAGUCGCGGACUGGAAACUCCAGCUCCUGCUAGAUCGACUCGGUCAGCAGAUGUAGCAGAGAGGGGUGGCGUCGCCACCACAAACCGCGACCACCAGAAGGGUCCUUCCUACGAUUCACCCACCACUCAACUCCCAGACCGUGCGAGUAUCUCCUUCAUUUGUAAUGAUAGCUUCCCUGAUGAUGGUAGCCGCACAGACAUACUCCCACCGGUGACGGACUGCUUUUGCCCACCUGACUCACCUGUUUCCGUCUCAGGCCACUGGAACAGAGGACUAUCUUGCAAGACAGCGAUUGAAAUCUUAACUGGGCUGUAG